CGGCCUGCGUGUCCUGUGUCUGUCGACCUGUCUGUCUGUCAGUGGUGUGUCUGUGUGUUGGUCUGUUUACAGUGUCGCUCUCUAUUUGGAAAAGUAGAGAAAAGUUAGUUGUUGACACUAUGAAGUAAAGAUGUCUUUGGCUGGUGUUCCGACAUCCCAAGCUGGGGAACUGCCCCUUUGCCCUGGAUGUACACUUGCCAUUGCCGUGGACAAUACGUCAACUGUUAUUGAACAUGCACUCGAUGCAGUCUGGCACCAGACUUGUUUCAGGUGUUCUAGAUGUCAACGCCGGCUAACCAACUGGUAUGUUGAAAAAGGUGGACAACUUUUCUGCCGUCAAGAUUACUGGACAAUAUAUGGUGAUGCCUGUCACGGUUGUUCGGAAUUAAUUGCUGGCCCUGUCAUGGUGGCAGGAGAACAUCGGUACCACCCAGAAUGCUUUCUGUGCUGUCACUGCUCUACCUACAUUGGAGAUGGAGAGGGGUACGCCUUGGUGGAACGGACAAAACUCUACUGUGCUUAUUGCUACAACAAUGUGAUAAAACCAAAAUUCACUGAAAUGCCUGAAAACAGGAGGCCUCAUUCCAUCCAGCUGAUUGAAAUACCAGCCAAUCCGGAAAGUGGCAGUCGUGGUGUACAGCUCAGUGUGGAAAAAGGUGUAUACACCCCGUUUCAAAAGGGAGCAUCCCAUCUCAUCCGAAUUUCAGGGCUUGAUGGCAGCCCUGAAUUGAAUUCUUUAAAUAUUGGUGAUAAAAUUUUAGAAGUAAAUGGCACAGCAGUGAAGGAAAAAUCUUUCGAUGAGAUUGACUCUUUAGUCAAAAAUACCAAUGAAACAAUACAGUUGACUGUUGAGUCGGAGUCGAAUUCCGUAGUUGGAGAAUCUCCGUCCAAAGAGACAUCUAGCAGUGUUUCCAGCCCUGAACCCAGCUCUCCCACAGAGAUUGACGUGGAUGGCAUGCGAGUGCCGCUUAGACGGAAGUCUUUAUUAAAAGCUAGAAAUUAUAGUCCGUCAAAGCGGAGAAGCAAGUCUCCAUCGCCGGCGCCCCCAACACGACAAAAGACACUUGAGUUGACACGAGCCAAUUCCUUCCGCAACCAAACGCAGUCACAUCGCAUGUUUCGCUCAAGUGACCUUCAGCUUGGAGAAGUUCUUGGAAAAGGAUUUUAUGGUCAAGCUACUAAAGUAACUCAUAAAACCACGAAAGAAGUGAUGGUUCUAAAAGAAUUGACACGCUUUGAUGAAACAGCACAGAAGAAUUUCAUGAAAGAGGUCUCAGUGCUGAGGAACCUUAAUCAUCCUAAUGUACUCAAGUUCAUGGGAGUUUUGUACAAAGAUAAAAAAUUAAACCUCGUUACUGAAUUUAUAUCUGGUGGAACUGUAAAAGACUUCUUACACGACUUGACAAUCACUUUGACCUGGGAGAGACGGGUAAAAAUGUGCAAAGACAUAGCAGCAGGAAUGGAAUAUUUACAUUCCAUGGACAUAAUCCACCGAGACUUGAACUCCCAAAAUUGUUUAGUAAAAGAGGACCGAACUGUGGUAGUCGCAGAUUUUGGAUUGGCGCGAGUGAUUGGUGACCAAUCAGACGUUCGUCGCCAGGAGAAGCGGACAACAACAAAAACCUCUCCAAAUAAGCGAUAUGAAAGAAAGAAGCGAUAUACGGUGGUAGGGAAUCCAUACUGGAUGGCGCCCGAGAUGUUGAAUGGCCAAAAAUAUGAUGAGCGAGUCGAUAUAUUCUCUUUCGGUAUCAUGAUGUGUGAGAUCAUUGGCCGUGUCGUUGCUGACCCAGACUACCUACCACGAACCUAUGACUUUGGUAUGAACGCUGAAGUGUUCCUCAGUAAAUUUGCCGAGGAUUGCCCCAAUGCCUUUUUCAAACUUUGUCUUUUGUGUUGCCAACUCAACCCAGACAGCAGGCCUUCUUUUGAAAAAAUUCAUAUGCUUUGUGAAGCAUUACUUCUUCAUUUUGAACAUAAUAUGGCUCUUCCGACAGAGUUGCAAGAAGAUGCCUUAACCUUCUAUCGAAAGACUCGUGAAAACUGCUCCACUUCUUGGAAGUUGAAAGACGGCAAUAAUCAAAAAUAUUCCAAAACCAACCUCCACAAAAUUUCCGAAACAAACUCCAAAGAUGCCAGCAGCUUAUCUGCUGCUUCCUCUGCUGCCAACAGCAACACCACCAACACCACCACAACCUCGAAUUCUUCCCCCAUCACCUCUCCUCCAUCCGCCGCCUCAGCAAACACCACUGACUCUUCCUCUCCUUCUUUUCCCUCCUCCUCCUCUUCCCCCACCAACACAACCGCCACCACCCCUGUUGCCGCCGCUGCCACCACCGCCGCCACCACCACCACCAUUAUCACCACUACCACCGUAUCUUCACAGUCGUUGUCAUCGUUGUCGUCAGCAUCCUCUUCGUCCUCAUCAUCAUCGUCGUCAUCUUCGUCAUCAGCAUCAUCAGCAUUAACAUCAUCAUCGUUAUCACUAUCGCCAGCCUUGUCUCCAGCCAAAACCUGCUCUCCUCCAAUCAAAGCAACCCUGUCAUCAAACACGUAGCACUAAUAACAGACAUUUGUUUUGUUUUGUUUUUAUUCCUUACGCCCGAGGACCAACCAAUGACAUUUGUCAUUUUUGAAGACAACAUUCCAAAAAAUUUGCAUAUUAAAAUGAAGAGGAGAGAGCUAAUCAUAAGCGGCAGGCGUGGUGGAAUUUUGUUUUGUUUUCUUUAAAUAAAAUAAUUUUUCAAGUGUGUAUGUAUGUGUAAGUAUGUGUGUGUAUAUAUAUAUGUAAUACAAUAUAUACACAUAGUUAGAUAUAU